AUGCUGUCCAAGCUGUCCGUCGUUUUGCUAGCCAGCAGUGCGCUGGCCGCACCCAGCGAACCUGGAAAGCGCCAGAGCUGUCCCAAUAUCCAUGUCUUUGGAGCCCGGGAAACAACCGCGCCGGCCGGGUUUGGCACCGCCGGGACCGUCGUGGAUUUGAUCCUCAAUGCUCACCCUGGCGCGACGUCCGAGGCAAUUGACUAUCCCGCAGCUGGAGACAAUGCAUAUUCGUCUUCCGUCCAGCAGGGUGUCCAAGCCGUCGCGAACCAGGUUGCUACGUUUGUGGGCAACUGCCCUGACACCCAGAUUGUCCUGGUUGGAUAUUCGCAGGGGGCACAAAUCAUCGACGACGCCAUGUGUGGUGGAGGUGAUGCGAAUAUGGGCAUCAGUGACACCUCUGCCGCCAUCUCGAGUGAUGUCGGAUCCCAUGUUAAGGCGAUGAUUUGGAUGGGUGACCCCCGCCAUACGCCCGGUGCGCCUUACAAUGUGGGAACGUCGACUGCAUCAGGGUUUGACCCUCGGUCUGGAGAUCUGUCUUGCAGUCCGUAUACCAAUAUCAUUCAGUCAUACUGUGACCAGGCAGAUCCGUAUUGCUCGAACGGCAAUGACGGGUCUGUGCAUCAGGGUUAUGGGACGGCCUAUGGCCAGGAUGCGCUGGAAUUUGUCAAUGGCCUGUUGGCUUAG